AUGGUUCAGAAAUUGCUAAUGAGUUAUGAUGCAGUUGCUGAUCAGAAGCGUUCUUAUUGGAAAACGACAAUUGAAAUUAUCAAGAAUUUAAGUGAAACGAUCUCUCCGAAAAUGGCGCAUACUCAAUGUACCGGCAUCAGUGCAACUAUUUAUUUUGCUCUUUGUUUCGGAUUAUUUAUCAUGACAACAUAUACAAAAGCCAAUGUUAUAAAUGGGGAAGAUAAUGAAUUCGCUAAUGAAAACGCAAAGGAUUGGUAUGCAAUAUCGUUGAGGUCAGAACCACAAUUGCGAUUUGAACAUGGUUCCCGUUCACAUGGCAAACCAACAUUUAUUCGUUUCGGCAAAAGAGAUUAUGAUGCUUUCAGUACUUAA